AUGUCACUUGCAGCCGGCCUCAACAAGAUUCUCCCCGCCCCCCGCUACACGCCUGACGAACCCGCCCCCUCUCGUGCCAGCGGAGCCCGCAUCCUCGGCGGCGGCGAUGCCGAGCAAGCACAGCUAGUCCUCAAGAACAACGCACCACCAGAGUACGGAAAGCGGUCAUCAUGGCGUCCCAGAUCCACUGAUGACUUUAACGAUGGUGGCGCAUUUCCCGAGAUCCCCAUCGCGCAGUACCCACUCGACAUGGGCCGCAAAGGCUCCUCGACAACAUCAAAAGCCCUUUCCUUACAAGUCGACUCGGACGGCAAGAUAAAAUAUGACGCUAUCGCGCGCCAGGGUCACAACAGCUCCAGAAUUGUCCACGCGUCAUUUAAGGACCUCAUUCCGCUGCGACAACGCGCCGACGUCGGCGAGAUCUCGCUCGAGCGCCCGUCAGAGGAGGAUGUUGCGGCAACAACAGAGAAGACAAAGGCCGCGCUGGCCGCUCUCGUGUCGGGUGCUGUCGCCGCUCAGAAGCCGAAAACGAUAAAGGGCACGAAUAGGAAGGAGGCGCAGUACGUCCGCUACACCCCUAGCAACCAGGUUGGAGAUACCACAAAGCGGUCAGACAAGAUCAUCAAGAUCGUCGAGCGCCAGCAGGACCCCAUGGAGCCGCCAAAGUUCAAGCACAAGAAGAUCCCCCGAGGACCGCCCAGCCCCCCACCGCCGGUCAUGCACUCGCCGCCGCGGAAGCUGACAGCUGCAGACCAAGAGGCGUGGACUAUACCCCCGCCUGUGUCCAACUGGAAGAAUCCCAAGGGUUACACUGUCCCGCUUGAUAAGCGUCUGGCAGCCGACGGAAGAGGUCUUCAGGACGUAACCAUCAACGAUAAGUUCGCACAGUUCGCCGAAGCCCUCUUCACGGCGGACCGCCACGCCCGAGAGGAAGUCAAGCAGCGCGCACUGAUGCAGCAGAAGCUCGCCGAGAAGGAGAAGAUGCAGAAAGAGGAGAAUCUCCGCGCUCUCGCACAGAAGGCCCGCGAGGAUGCCACCCGCGGCCGCAGCCGCACUCGGUCCCGCUCUCGCUCUCGCUCUGGCUCCGCGGACUCCCGCUCACCGGCAUCAUCACGGAGUCGGUCGUCUUCGCGCGGGUCCGACACAUCUAGUGCCGCCGCGCGAACAGCCAUGCGUGCUGAGCGACGGCGCGAGGCGGAGCGCGAGCUGCGCAUGAAGCGCAUGGGCACUGAGCGGAAGAUUGCGAUGCUGGCUCGCGAGCAGGGGAGAGAUAUUGGCGAGAAGAUUGCGCUGGGGCUUGCGAAGCCGACACAGAGUCAGGAGACAAUGUGGGAUAGCCGACUGUUCAACCAGAGCAGUGGGUUUGACGUGGGCUUCAACGAGGACCAGCCGUACGAUAAGCCGUUGUUUGCCGCGCAGGAGGCGGCGAAUAGUAUCUAUCGCCCGAAGGUCUCUGUCGAGGAUGAUGAGGAUGCGGCAGAGGGCGAGAUGGAAAGGAUCAAGAAGAGCGGGCGCUUCGAGGUGCUGGGGAGGGCGGCGCAGGGGUUCAAGGGGAGUGGCGACCAGGAGGCUCGUGACGGCCCCGUCCAGUUCGAAAAAGACACCGCCGACCCCUUCGGCGUAGAAGCCUUCGUGAAGGCUGCCGGAGAAAAGGCAGGACAGAAACACGGCCUGCAAGAAAGAGAAAGAUCCCCGGCGGGAGGGGCCUCAAAAAGACAUAGGAAUGCUAAUUACGAUUAA